AUGGCCAUUACAAACACAAAAAAACUUGUUAAUACGGGAGGAUUGAAUGUAAUAAGUGAAUAUGAGCCGGAAAGUGAAGAGAGGAAGAGGAAGAAAAACAGUGCAUGCGAUAGAUGCAGAAAGAAGCACACGAAAUGUGACGGAACUGGACCUCCGUGCUCUAAAUGUAAACGAACAAACUCUCUAUGUGAAUACCAGAAAGGCGAACAGAAAAUUGUGAUGUCCAUGAAAUACUUGAAUGAUCUUCAUGGGGAAAUACACAAGUUGAAAAUAGAAAACGCCAGCCUUCGAAACAGCUUGAAGAAGGCCGAAAGAGAUGCAGCAAAACAUCAAGAAAACAGCACAUUAACAACUUUGGAACAGCAGCAAGACGGCACCGCAUUGAAGGCGGAUAACAUGAAUUCAAAUACUCACAGAAAAUCGGCUGCAGGUGCCGAUGACCACAAGACGGCAAGCACAGGAAACAAUACCAAUAAUACCACAGAGAACAAAAAUGAGGUGGUGAUUCCUCCAUUCUUGGAUAAAGAUGGCCAGCUGAUCCACUCCAGAACUGGCGAAAGCAUCUAUAUCGGCUCUUCAUCAGUCACGUUAUUUGGGCUUGAAAUCAACAAGCUGGUUUCUGGUGUGCUAGAUAGUUCGACUCCUUCAGGGAAAAAUUCGGAAACUAUUCUCGAGAGGGAGGGAAAUGCCUAUAGGAUAAUGCUGGGUAAGACACAUUCGAGACCGGGGAUCGACGUGAACUUUACGCUGCCAUCAUACAGCUAUGCAAUGCUUUUGGUGGAUACGUUUAUAUCAUACAACGACGGCUGUUUCUAUUUCUUUAACGAAGGCUUAGUAAAGGAGGGCCUUCGGCGGAUUUACGAUGAAGAUCAGUCAAAACCGUUUAAGCCGGAUUACGGCAAGGCGGAAGAUGGAAAGCCAUAUGAGGAUGAAUCGACAUUAGAAACAAUCUGGUUUUGCAAAGUUCUGCUAAUUUUUGCGGUUGGUGAAAUGUACUUGGGUACUGCUAAUAAUCUAGAUGGGUACAAACUUUCGGGCAGACCGCAUAGAAAACGCAGAAGAAAGGAUGACUCCAAACCAGAGGAUACAGAUGAAAACAAAAGACAGGGCAAACAUAAUAGAUCACAAAAGCACAAAUAUAACUCUUCUAAGGAGGCAGCAAGGCUUCCAGGAUCGGGAUUUUUCAACCAGGCAAGUGGACUUUUCACUGGACUUUUUGCCAGCGGAGCUAUAGACAACUGUGCUAGAGAAGGCGGAAUUGAAGUUCUUCUUCUUUAUGCAUUUUAUCUGCAGGUUGCAGACUGUACUGUGGCAUCGUAUUUUUAUUUUGGAUUGGCAUUACGUGCAUCACUCAGUCUUGGUCUACAUGUGGAUAUUGGAAAACAUGUUUUGAACCGAUAUGAGCUUGAACAUCGUCGCAGAAUAUGGUGGACGGUUUAUAUGUAUGAGCGGAUGCUGGCAUCCAAGGCAGGACUGCCACUUUCAAUUACAGACGAUGAUAUAUCCACGGCACUGCCUGAUGACUUUGACAUGUCAUCACCUCCUGCGGGAUGUGAAAAUUAUAUUUUCCCGGAGGCUGAAUUUAUUCGAAACUGUGUGAAAAUCACACAGAUUAACACAAAGAUCCUACAAAAGCUGUACACGCGCCAUCCUUUAUCAAACAUUCUUCCAGUCGUUCAUGACCUUGUUUUCUCCUUACUAAAGUGGAAAAUAGACCUUCCAGAUUUCAUUAACUGCGACUUCUCGGUUCCUGAGCUCAAGAUCAGUCGUCUAGUCGUUAAUCUAAUGACAGAGUAUUUCCAGGGUGUUAAUCUUGCGGUGAGGCCUCUUUUAUUUCAUUUUGUUAUGAUUAAUCUAAAGGCCAAGAAGAAAAACACUGCGGACCAUGUUUCUUCUGAUGAACCGUUUAUCGACUUGUCACGUUACUCAUCCGUGAUCUUGAAUCUUUUAAAUGCAUCCUUCCAGGCAUCUAUAAAUACCAUCAGAUCACUAUGGGCACUCAUGCUUGAUAACAUGGUAGCUCUUUUCGGGUAUAUGGAUAGGGAGUAUCUUUUUACUUCUGCAGUCACCCUUAUUCUUUUCAACUCCACAUUUGGUGUUCAUUCUGCUACACUGGUUCACCUUGAUCAUGCACUUACGAUAUUUACCAAAAUGCGGAAUCUUGGAAACCAUCCUGCUACAUUACGUCGUGAGCAGAUUCUUAAGCUUCUCACAAUAUUAGAUUUUCGUGGCGCCAUGCACGGCUUGAUCAACAAGCAUGUUGAUCAUCGCAGUCCGCCUGACUCUUCUAUAAAUUCAGAGAGUUCUGGCGGAUUCUGCUUUACUCAGCAUAGUGAAUGGAACUCCAAUAAUAGCGAGAUGGUUGAGAAUAUUGCGACGUACGGCCCUGCAGACCAUUGGAAACGGAUGCUUUCAUCAGGUAUAUCGACUGGAUCUCCAUCGCAUCAAUCUACCACGACUGAAAGCUUGAGACCCUCGUUUAAGUCCAGCCCAAGUACUGAAGAAUUGGAGUCAUCAUCUGCUGAUCAGUCAAUCCAGCACAGCGAGUUUAGCGGUGCUAAUCAUAUCAUGCCACAUACAGAGUUCAAUAAUACAAGCUCCAAUGACUUUGAUGCACGAAAUCCAAUAUUCUCACCUAGAAUUUUGUCAUCUUUUGGUGGAUUAGAUGACUUUUCCGAUUUGGAUGCUAUGGUGAAUGGAACGGCGGAAGAUGCAGAACUAUGGAAAGAUAUUACAAGCCAAGCUGCCUGGUUGACGAACAAUCAGGAAUUUGACAAACUGGCCAAGGACAGUAAUAAAUGA